AUGAAUGUCUUUAGAGACUGGGAAAGUGACAUUCCGCCAAGAAUGGAAGUGUGUCCUUACUGUAAGAAGCCUUUCAAACGGUUAAAGUCCCAUUUGCCACACUGUAAGAUGAAAGAGCAGAUUAGACCUGAUGAAGAGAAAAUGUGUCAGUCCAAGCCAGCUACACUUCCACGUGCCAAAAAGACAAAAAGGCCAGUCACAGACUCAAGAACUCUCGAGCCGGCCCUAGGGACAGAGAUUGGGAAAAGAAAUGCUAACCUGACAUGGAACAAACUCGAAGGAACACUUAAAUCCUCUCCACUGCAGGAUGUUGCUUUGGGAAAAGUGAGUAAGACAAAAGCAGGAAAAGACAUGAAGAAGCAAAUUCAACUCUCCUCUAAGAUGUUAGAAAACAUAGAACCAAGGAUUACUGGCCAGGGAGAAACUACAGCCCCGUUUUAUGUGUCAGAUAGCAUUGCUCCUGGAAAAGGACUAAGUAAAGUUGCGCCUGAACCAGGAGAAAGCCGCUCUUCAGAAACUGAAGCGUUUUUACCUCUUGGCCCAAUGGAGCCUUCUUCAUCAAAUCAGGGUGGAAAAUAUCCCUCAGCCUUACCUAAUGAUGUACAAGCCAUGUCUGCUGGUUUCAAAUUGGACAGGAUUGAUCCCUCAGGACAGGAAUUUCUAGUACAGUUACUAGAUGUGCCUGAUCGUGAUUAUCAUAAUCCCCCUGCGAAUCUCAAUUAUGGGACUGAAAGAGCAGGAACAUCAUUGUCAAGCAAUAAGAGCGAUUCCAAGGCCAGGGAUCACAUCUCAGCGGUCACUGAUAGCAGAGACUGUGAAUCCCAGGACAAAAACGUGGAAUCACAAAUCUUAGGUUUUCAAGUUAGCCCAGUAGAUACAAUCCAGGUCAAGGAAAACCAAGUGAAAAGACCUAACCUUGGAGUCGAGGUAUCUGGAAGCGGAAGAAAUGCAGAGGAGGGUAGACCUGUGACAGAAAUGAAGGAAUGGGCUUCCAUGAGUGAUGACUUUAAGAAGCUCUUCAGCAGUGAUUCCGCCCCAGUGAAGAAAUCUCAAGAUGAAGGUCCCAGUUUAAGCAUAUUCAUGCCAAAGGAGACACCUUGCGAUGAGCUGCUUUCUUUAUCGCAGUCCCAUAAUCAAAGUCUUGUCUCCCUGGCUCUAAAAUGUCUUCAAGAAGAGAAAGCAGAAUCCUACAAUCAUAACCAAGCCCCUGCUAUAAAGGCCUUGAUGGAAAGGCAGAGCCUAGCCUCCUCAGAGCCCAGAUCGGACUGUCAGCCCCAAUCCGCACACCCUGUGUACCAGCAGCCUUUGUGUUCAACCUGGCAUCACGCUUUUAAAAACGUCCCCUUCACCCAUCAGAUAGCUGUUGUGGACAAGAAGACUUUCCCUAGCUCCUUAGGGUUGGAAUGGUUUCCAGAGCUCUAUCCUGCUUAUCUUGGACUAGGGGUUUUGCCAGGGAAGCCUCAGUAUUGGAAUAUAAUGUCCCAGAAGUCUGUGCUCAUCAGUCCCCAGGGAGAAAGUCUCUCUGAAGUUCCUUUGUUGGAAAGAAGUUUGACUGCUCUAAGGAGUUUGGAAUCCCCGACCAGACUUACAACCUCCAACUUCUCUCUGUUGAGGUUCUUGGGAGCUGUCCAAAAAGGCUGGAUCAAGUGUAGGACCACUGUGAAGAGUGGAGUUGGUGGCAUCACAAUGCUCUUUACAGGAUACUUCAUCCUUUGUUGUAACUGGAGUUUCAGGCAACUGAAGCUACAACGCUGGCGUAAAUAAUGUCGACCUGGACAGCACUUAAGAUUUGGAAGCUCAAGAACACAGUGGAGAUAACUGCAGGACCUAUUAUAUUAAAAAUGCACACUGUGUUUGGGGAGGGAAGAGGAAGUGAAAAGAAUAAAGUUGUCGAGAUUUCA